AUGGGAUCAGCUUGGAUUUUCUAUGGUAUGGCAACUAAAAUGUCAUUCGAGCUAGGCUUGCAUCGUAAAAUCAAAAAUGAUCAAAUUCAAAAUACUGAAAUUAAAGAAAUGAGAGAUAUGGCAUUUUGGGGUUGUUUUGUUGGUGAAGUGUGGCUUUCUGCAACUUAUGGUCGUCCGAGUGCUAUAGAUGAAGCAACUUGUGAUGUGGAUUUACUUCCAAUACCGCCAGAUCCUGAACCUGAUGAAGAAACAAGACUACAUAUUGCUUGGAUCUUACACAUAAAUUUAUUAAGAAUUUUCGCUCAAAUUCGUAAAUAUUUGUAUGGGCAUGCUAAAACAACAGGCGGUCAACACCAAGAAAAUCAAUUCAAAUUUUUGGAUGCUGCAUUAGGAAGAUGGUUUUAUACUCUUCCUAAUUGGUUGAAAUUUGAAGAAAUGGCUCAAGAUGUUAAAGGAAGUUUUUUAGGUUCAAUUGGAGGAGAAAUGCAUACUUUAUUUUGGACGGUACUUAUUCUGCUUCAUAGUCGUAAUUUGACAAUGUUCACAUCAAACCAUUUACCGAUUAACAAUAUUGAUGAAGAAACUAGAAUAUCAUCACAAGCAAUCUGUUUUCAUGCAGCUACAAUACUUUUGCAUUGGCUUGAUGUAUUGAUGAAUUCUGUAUCAGAUUUUUUUGAACAAUCAUGUACAGCAUUAUUUUCAAUAGCACCAGCUAUCAGAGUUUUAUCAUGGACAGCACAAAAAGGUGACGAAAAGGCUGCAAGUAUGGUGCAACGACUAAAAGAAAUCAAAAACCAAGUUAGGGAAAUUGCUAGGAGAAGGUUUGGUGGUGAGGGUAGAUUGGAUGGUGAGAUGACAUUGAAAAAUUUGUUGAUUAGUGCAAAAGAAGAGGAAACUAAAAAUGCACAACAGAUUAAAUCAGAAAAUGGCUUUACAUUGUUUGAAUUUGAUGAGCACGAUAAUUAUUUUUCUCAUACAACAACUAAUAACAAUGGCAAUAAAGGAAGAAAACAUAGUUAUAAUAGAAGAAAAAAUAAUAUACGGUUUCAAUAA